UCAUCCAACAGGGAGGGGGCGGGACUCAUCGUUGGCGCCCCGCCCAUACCGGAAAAAGUUGAUUGGCUGGUGGUGAGGUGCAUGCCGGGAGGGGGCGGGCUUUGCUGAGACUGCAGAAUGGACGGCGAAGAGAAGAGGAUCUGGAAGGCUGUCCCGACAUUUGAGGAGGUGGCGGUUUAUUUCUCUCGUGAUGAAUGGAUGACUCUGAGCUCCUCCCAGCAGGAUCUUUACAAGGGCGUCAUGAAAGACAACUACCAAUCUAUUCUGUCCACAGGGUCUUCCAUACAGAAGCCAGAAAUUCUCUCUCGACUAGAAGAUGGCGGAGAGCCGUGGUUGGCCGGAGAUCGGGAGGAGAGGACGCACGUCGCUGGUCUAGGUGGAUCCAUUAAGAGAGAAGACGGAGAUGGAUGUGAUGAUCUUGGGCUCGGCAAAAUUCUUUAUUAUGAAGAUCCGGGUGAUAACAUCCCACCAUCGGGAAUAAAGGUGGAAGAGGAGACCCUCGAGUCCCCCUACCAUAGCAUCGCCUCUGAUGGGACCCCCGAAGACAAACCUCAUAUCUGUUGUCACUGUGGGAAAAUCUUCAGCUGCUACCAAACGGUUGAGAGGCACCAAAAGCGGUUUGCAAUAUGAAGAGACCCCAAUGGAGCUC